AACGACGGCGUGCCGGACUGUCCGACUUGUGGUGUCUUCUGGCGAAUGGACAUGGAAGAUCUCGAGAGAAGUAUUCCGAGCCUGGUCUCGGAUCAGCCCUACACUUCGAAUGCGCGCAAGGCUGCAUGUGGUCCUUCUGCGCCCUCGACGACCGGAUCUACCACUUCGACCUUGACUGAGUUCACCGAAAUCUCCGAGAUUUCUCAGGAGUUGCUAGGUCAAGCCUGUGGGCCUGGUAUUCUCACACCUUCGUCAACAUGUUCUUCUGUCACGCUCUACGCAUCGUCAGCUCCAAGCACGACAUCGACUCCUACAAAGUCUCCCAAGGACAGAGACAUUGACAGACCAUAUGACCUCCCAUCUCCAGCCUCUGCAACAACAUUGGCCGACCUCGACGAAGACUUCGCAUAUCUCAGGGGCGGCAGUCUGCCUGCAGCAUCAUCUGUUUCGACUUUGACCGAGUUCACCGAGCACAGCCGUCGGUCUAGCAUAUCGAACGCCUCCACUACAUCAGCUGCUGCUUCUUCGAGCGCCAUGUCCACCUUGACCGACUUCUCGGAGCUCGAUUUUUCAUCAUCAGUUCCCACUGCACCGAGCAGUCUCUCGUCCGUCCCACCUACCUUGUCUACCACCACCACCAUCUCCACCUCGCGUCCGUACAAAAUGAUGAAGGUCAAGAAACACAGAGCAAUGAUCGAGAUGUCUGAUGGCUCGGCAUGGAUACCACCAACCCUCGAGCGUAUCCAAGCAUACAUCAGUUCCCAAGGCGAGCGCCGUCUGGCUCCUUCGCAUUCAGCUCGUCUGGUGGUGGCUUCGCACACCGAGCACGGUUCAACAAUCGCUAUGAAGUAUGAGAGGGCUAUCGCCAAAGUCGAUCGCAAAGUUGGAAUCCCACCGGAAAGCAGACGUGAGAUUCUUCAACGUUGGGGUAGAGAGUUUUCAGAUGAGGAGGAAGAGUAG